AUGGCUUCCCAAAUUGCAAAGGUCACCAAGGAUCUGACCACUACUGCAGAAAUGCGGAAAUCUACCCAGAUGCUGAUGCAGCCAAACGCAAACUGGGAGGAGUUUCUGACUCCUUCUCCCCUCUCCAUCGCCAUCAUGGGGGAGUUAGUCUUGUUCUCCUCAGGCCCAGACUUCUCCAUUAACAAGAACCCCCCAAAAGAUGGAUUCAAGCACAUAAAGUACCCAGAAUCCUUCAGGGAGGCUGUUAUGCAAGUCUGUAACUCAGGCUGGAAGGCUUUCAACAUCGCCCAUAAGAAUAUGGAUCAAAUCCGCAUUCACACUGCCUCUGUUCCGGAACACAUGAAAGAUGCAGUGAAAAUCCUCUAUCAGGGAAAUGAUGAAAUGAUUGAAAAACUUUUUCCAAACGAGUUGAAAAGCAUCCUCACCAUAGCAGAUGAAUGUGUGGAGCUAGCAGAUGGUGUAGAACAGAAAUAUAAUGAUGUCAUCUGUUUAAUCCAGGAGCUGCUGGAAGCCUGCGUUAAUGCUGAACACAUUUAUGGAGAAGACCUGGAAGAGGUUACGAAUAAAAUUAAGCAAAAUAAAUUGAGAGAACAGAGUGCAAGAGAGCUAAAUGAAAAAUAUACUAAAGCAAUGGAGGCCAUGGAAAAGCAGGUUGAAGAAGCAGAAGAAAAGCUCAAAUCAUCAAUGAACUCCCUCCCAACAGGGAUGGAGAUGGUUGGCAUGGAGAUGGCUCAUACAAUGAGACAGACAAUCUCUACGAUGGUUAGUCCAGUUUUUAUAUUGGCCAGGCAGGACCAAGCAAAGUUUGAGUCAGGAUUGAAUGCAAUGGCUGCCACCGCUGAAAAUUUGGCACAACCAGAGGGUGGACCACAAUCCAAGACUGAAACAGUGGACUCAGUCUCAGACAUAGAGAUCUACAGCAAGUCUUCACAGAUUCUUAUUCUAACAAAAACAAUCCUAAAUUACAUGAAUAAAGUAGAGAUAAACUGGAAAGAGCUAUAUGACCAGAAAAACGAGAGCAAUUUUGAAUUUAUCAAACAACAGUUUAAAAGGAUCUCUACGGAUAUAGCAAAGGCCCCAAAGAGCAAAGCCAAGGACAAAGCUUUGUCUCUGUGCGAUGAUGGCAUUGCCAUCUGUGAACAGCUGUCUAAGUAUUCUCCAGAUCAGAAAUGGGAUGAGAAAACAACAGAAAAGCUGAUUAAAGAAGCAAAGAAGCUGCACCAAGAUGCUAUGCAGUUUGACACUAAGAGUAAAAUGAAGUGUGGUGUUCCUGCUAUUGCUCCCACACCUCCAAUGAUGGCCACAGCACAGGCGAAUGCUGGACAACAGUCUGCAGAGCAGCAAGCAUCAGAGAAGGCAUUUUCCUGCAUCAAGCAGAGCCGAGAACAGCUGAAGCAAUCCAGAGAAGAAUAUAACAAGACUAAGAAGCGCAUGGAGACAACCCUGAGAGAGCUGACUGACAUCCUGGCGGACAUGCAUCUCUGCUGUUUUAAAGAGAUUGACUUUGACAAAGCAAUCAAAAUGCUGAUGAAAGGUAUGGAUGCCAUGUACCAAGGGAAAAAGCAGUGGCAGAAGAUGGUGCGCUUCUUCAAGAUGGUGGCCAAUAUUGUGAAAACCAAUCUUUCAAAAACCAGGAAAAAGUUUGGGCAGAGGGCUGAACAUGUACAAACACUGUCCCACAAUUCUAAGCGCUUUACCAAAGACCUGCUGCACAACCAGGCCUUUCAAGCCUCCAACAUCGCCAGCCUGGUCCAUAUGAUCUCAGGGACCUACUGUGAAGUGUCCAACAAAUACCUGAUGGACGGAGUGAGCAGCCUGGGUAAGCUCAUGACUAUGGAUAAGGACAAGCCAGAGUUCCUCCAAGAGCGCCAAAAACUGCAGAAUUCCUGCAAAGAAGCUCAAGACAGCAUCCUAAAAUUGGUCCUAAGCAACAAGGAAGAGUUGGAGAAAAAUACAGAGACCAGAAUGAAAGAAAUUGAAGAUGGGCUGAAGAUCAUUCUGCUUGCUUUUGACCCAGAGGAAACUACAAGGAUCCAAGAAAUUGUUUAGGCCAGCAUGAUGGACGAAGACCUGGAUGAAUUGGUUUAGACAAAUUUUGUUGCAUUUUCUAUAAAAACCAAAGAGCAUGUAUGGAUAAAGAUGCAGUAGUUAUAAAACUGUAAUCAUGUGUGAGUGUUUCUGUUUCUAGAUAAACAGAUUUCAUGUAAUCAAACUAACAACUUAUUUCUGCAUAAUCACUGGUUUCCUGAUAAAUAAGAUUUGAUGUAAAACGUUUUAAGAGAAUUCUGAAGCGUGGUUGUGGCCUAAUAUUCAUGACUUCAUAAUAAACAAAAAUAUUAACAACUAAA